AUGAUCUCCAUGGCGGAUCACCUCCGCUCGCAGGAAUACGAGCGCGUGCGCCAUUCGAAGUCGAUGCUGUCUGAGCCGCGCUUGUCUGAUGAAGAUGCAGCGCGUCUAGUCGAGGCGUACGAGCGCAGCGACACUUCAGCGGCCGACUAUCUCGCACUCAUCACCGAGAACCGUCCGUUCACGCCGCCGGCAACAACGCACGUCGUUGCCAUCGACUCCGGAACGUACUGCGCGUCGGUAGCGAUGCCUGUCGUGUUCAACUCGUUUCUCCAAGAUCACGGGAAUCAAGUUGUUCAAGAACUCCUCUCGCGCUACGAAGUAGCUCUCGUGGAGAAGGCCCCCGCUGGUGGAAUCUUCGUCCACGUUCGCUCUGCUGAGGCCGAGAAGAGACUCGUCGGUCAGGAAGUGAACCUCCUCGGCCGCAAGUUCAAGAUCAAGCGCCAGUCUCCGUUUGACAGCAAGUUCUACUUGGACGUCUUCGGAGUGCGGUCCACGGCUGUCGCCAAUGAUCUCUUUAUGGGCUUAGCCCAGCUUGGGGCAAGACCAUUUUUCUUGACGCCGCGAGACGUCAACAUGGACGCUCAUGUGGCUACACCAACCUGGCGUUUUUACUUUGGGCAAGAAGAGCCUAAAAGUGCGUGGCUUCGUUACCAAUCAGUUGGUGUAUGGGCGGAAGUUUUACAUUGCCCGUGGAAAACGCGCUGA